AGCCACGCUGCAGAGGUGUGCAGCACUGCAGUCCCGCGAGGAUCGCAGAGCAGGCGAGUGGGGAAGAGGUGCUUGUGUCCUGGGAGGAGAGCAAGCUGUUCCCUGUGUCUGUCACUGGAGUGAAGCUGCCAAAAUGCUGGCCCAGCUGGGCAGGCAACGCGCUUGCCGAAGAGAGGGGAAGGAGGACUCCUGUCCUGCUUCUAGCAGUCCUUUCUGCUGGAGCCUUCCUCUGGAUACUGACAGCUUGGAAAUCCAACGUCCUGCAGGUGUCAGCAGGACCUGUGCAUGAGCUCCCGUGUCUGGGGAACUCACCGGUCUGCCUGGAGCUGAAAAUGAAAACUGAUUCAGUUCUCGGCCAGAAAGGACCUCAUUCUAGACGCCGUGUUUCACAGCCUGGAAGAGAAUGGGAUCGAUGGAAUGAAGAGAGAGGAAAUUCUGCAGCUGACAAGAGAGGCAGUUGAGAAGGUGAUGAAACACGACACCUGGCUGCCCAGUUGGGCUCUAAAAACCAUGGGUGCCACUAUUGAUGUGGAGAGGACAUCCAAGAGUUACGGGGGGAACCGCUGGCUUUCUCCAUUCUUUUCCUCCGCAAAGCCUCCUGAGACGAUCUUGCAGCCUGAUAUUUCUGCUGGCAACUGCUGGGCUUUCCAAGGAUCUCGGGGCCACGUGGUCAUCCGGCUGCCGGAGAAAAUCUGGCCCACAGCUUUUACCCUCUGGCAUAUCUCCAAGGCAGUCUCUCCCUCCGGGGAAGUCAGCACUGCCCCCAGAGAGUUUGUUGUCUCGGGAGUGGAUGAGGACGAAGGUGAAGCUCUCCUGGGGUCGUUCAUUUAUGACGUGGACGGAGAGAUCGCCCAGACCUUUCCAGUGCAGGUAUGGCAAGUGCUUGCGGCAGAAUGCCAGGGAGGAAGGCCGGGCUGCCUGCAAGUCCUGGGAAGAAAGGGUCUGCCUGAUCACCCAGGCCUUCCUCUGCUCUGCAACGCGGCCGACUCCUGCGGGGCUGACAGACGAGGCGGCCGUCCCGCCUUUGGAAGCACUUUUUCUUCCUGGUAGAGCAGACAGAGCAGCAGCGGGAAGGCGGCGCGGGAGGGAAACUGUCCCCCUGCGGGCGCGGAGGGACGACUGCUGGCGGCGGGGAGGAGCUGCCUUCCCCCAUCAGCAUGCUCCGCAGCUGGCAAAGGGAGCUCUGCGGAUG